UGAGCUGCCCAGGGCUGGCGGCGGCCUCACCGCCCAUCUCAGGCCACUCCUGAUCCAGUUACCCUCUGGGCCCGUGCUCCUCCGGUGGUCACACUCACCAGCAGAUACACCUGUCUGGCGUUAAGAGCCAGUAUGCGCUCCUCCGCCUCUGAUGCAGAAUUUGAUGCUGUAGUUGGGUGUUUGGAAGACAUUAUUAUGGAUGACGAGUUCCAGUUACUGCAGAGGAACUUCAUGGACAAGUACUACCAGGAGUUUGAAGAUACAGAAGAGAAUAAACUCACCUAUACCCCUAUUUUUAAUGAAUAUAUUUCCCUGGUAGAGAAGUACAUUGAAGAGCAGCUGCUGGAGCGUAUCCCAGGCUUCAACAUGGCGGCUUUCACAACCACACUGCAACACCAUAAGGAUGAAGUGGCUGGUGACAUCUUUGACAUGCUGCUUACAUUCACGGACUUUCUGGCUUUCAAGGAGAUGUUCCUGUACUACAGAGCAGAAAAGGAAGGCCGAGGACUGGACUUAAGCAGUGGCUUGGUCGUGACUUCUCUGUGCAAAUCGUCUUCUACAGCAGCUUCCCAGAACAGCCUGCGGCACUAGGUUCCACCUCCAGACGUGGGUGUGACCACUGUGAGGUCACCAGCCCAGCCAGCUCAGAAAUGGAAAGACCAACUGUGCCACAGCCCUUCAUUCCUAUGAAGUAUUGAUGAGUCCUGGGAAACAUGACUGACCCUCCUGGCCAUUGUCCAGAAACAACUUAUAGUCAGUAACCUUCAUGUUCAUCCUCCUGUCCCAAUGCAGGCCACUCCCAGGUGCUUCUGGGUGAUCCCUGGAACAGGCCCAUGUUGGCCACCUCACCUGGGGGCCCUUCACCAGCAAUGUGGUAGUGUAGUGUGUCAGCAGUGUGGACAACACACCAUCGUGAGCCCUUCAUCCCAGCAGGCUUUACACGUGUCCUUGUGCACCCACAACUGUUUUCACAUGGGUCAUUCUGUCCUCAUCAUCAGUGGGGUUUUCGUUUCGGAGUGUUUAUCUAGGGAGUUACUGGGGCUGCCUGCGCCUGUCUGGACUUCUGGAUCUCCUGUAAUUACAGCUUGAGUGGCUGUGGGAAUCAACUGAAAUUGAUUCCCACAAGUGAAAAGGAACUCCCCACCUUACAUUAGCAAUCUUUGAGCAGCAAACGCUGCUGGUCUUGCUGUAGUCCCACUGUUUCUCUUAAGUCUCUAAGCAUUAUUUUCAAGAAACAUAUUUUUAUAGAUGAAAACUCAGGCUAACCUAGUGAGUAUGAUCUUGGAAUGCCCAAGAUCAACCACUUAAAAGAUCAAAGUAUUAUAUGCUGUGUGCUUUUUAGUUGUGAGUGCAAAUCUGCUUUCCAAUUAGUGCCCCUCUUGGGCACCAUUGCAAGCAGGCUGUAUGCUAGAAAUAGGCUGCUGCUGUCAGGACAGCAUGCUAGGUGUGCCCGUGCAUGCUUGUCUGCAGUCCCGUCACAACAGUGUGCUAAGUGCUUGCGCAUGCUUGUCUGCAGUCCUGUCACAACAGUGUGCUAAGUGUGCUUGCGCGUGCAUGCUUGUCUGCAGUCCUGUCACGACAGUGUCUAAGUGUGCUUGCGCAUGCUUGUCUGCAGUCCCCUCACGACAGUGUGCUAGUUGUGUUUGCGCAUGCAUGCUUAUCUGCAGUCCAUUGUGUAUGCCAAUGAGCUGGUUUUCUGUUGGGAGAGUAGGGACUCUGCAGUUUGUUCCCAACAAUCUCUCCUGCCAAGUUAAUGCUCCCCUGAUCCAGCUCAGCCUGGGGGGAGGUGCAGUGCAGUAGACAGUUUUUGUGGUCACCUGUCAUCUUCGGUUUACUGUCACCAACCAGAAAACAUGUGUGUCACAUCUCUAGAAAGAAGAGAACAGUUUGAUUCCUAAUGUAUGCUUUUGGCUUUAACUUUUAUAGUAAAAAUAAGAAUCCACACUGACUUUCCAUGUGACCGUUCUGACUUUACAGGAUAUAAACUAAGCGCUGUGUUUUUUCUGUAGCAAUGUGUCUCUUAGUGCUUUUGUAAAAUGAGUAAAAUUUGAGGUGUUUGGCAAGGGCAUUAAAAAAAAGUGGAGCAUUGUCCACUUUAAUGUAA